AUGCCACUUUUGCAAAGAUCAUUGAAAGUUUUAGUUAGUUAUUCUAUUGCUAUGUAUAAAGUACCAAACUAUUUAAUUAAAAUCUUAUUAUCAGAAUAUGGAUUGGAUGAUAUCGAUAGACUUUGCUUUGUUUUCACAUCGAAGCAAUUCUAUAACCACAGAGACUACUAUUUGAAUGUGAAUAUAAAGUCAGAAUCAUCGAUCUCUAUCUUUCCGUGGUAUGCAGAGAAAUCAAUGGUCUACUCUCAUGCAAAUCAAAUCGAUCGGUUGAAUCAAACCAAGACUACACUUGAAUAUCUUUGGAUGAAUGAAUAUACAUCUGGCAGUGGAUCUAUCGAUAUUUCCCAACCUGAAAAAACUCAAAGACUAUCGGCGACACCAACAUGA